AUGAAGCUGUUUUGUGCAAUUUUCCUCAUCUGUCUCCUACUGUCAACAUCGGAGGCAAUGUCCAGGAGAGACCGUCGAUCCCCAUUGAGCCACCGAGUCGUGCGGGGCGCGACUUUUGAUCGCCCAUGCACCAUACCGCAGCUCAAAAGUGGAAAAUGCACAGAAGUGGAGAAAUCAAAUGGAAGAUCGAAAUGUGAAUGCAAU